AACAUACUUCCGCAACCGAAAACCUCACUUCACUACCUAAUCAAAUCAAGAAAUGCCACCAAAUCCUCUUCAACUCUCACCUCUUCCUCCUCCUCCAACAUUUACCCACAAAUACCCACAAAUUCACAGCCCUAUUCCUCCAUGGCAUCACCACAAACAUCUCCGUCAAACCCAUAUAGCCUUCGUCUCGGCCCGACCCAGAAAGAAAUGGGCCCCGACAACCGAGGAAUCAGAGAGAGACGAGUUGGUUCAGGUCAUGUUAAGGAGCUUUAGCAAUGAUAAAGUCCCCAUAAUUCGGACACUUAAUAAGUAUGUUAAAAUUGUUAGAACUGAACACUGUUUCUUGAUUUUUGAAGAGCUUGGUCGGCGUGAUAAGUGGCUUCAGUGCCUUGAGGUUUUCAGAUGGAUGCAGAAACAGCGUUGGUAUAUAGCAGACACUGGUAUUUAUUCGAAGCUGAUUUCGGUUAUGGGGAAGAAAGGUCAAACCCGGAUGGCUAUGUGGCUUUUUUCUGAGAUGCGUAACAGUGGGUGUCGACCAGAUUCUGCAGUAUAUAAUGCACUCAUUACGGCCCACCUUCACUCCAAGGAUAAAGUGAAAGCCUUGUCUAAAGCUGUUGGUUACUUUGAGAAAAUGAAAGGUAUGCAACGGUGCCAGCCCAAUAUCGUAACUUAUAAUAUUCUUUUGAGAGCUUUUGCUCAAGCUCGAGAUGUAGAUCAAGUUAAUGAUCUGUUUAAAGAACUUGAUCAGAGUAUUGUUUCUCCUGAUAUUUAUACGUUUAACGGUGUGUUGGAUGGUUAUGGGAAAAAUGGGAUGAUUAGAGAAAUGGAGGGGGCACUUGCUCGCAUGAAAAGCAAUCAAUGUAGGCCUGACAUUAUUACUUUUAAUAUACUGAUCGACUCUUAUGGAAAGAAACAAGAAUUUGAUAAGAUGGAGCAAGUUUUUAAGAGCUUAAUGGAUUCAAAAGAGAGACCAACUUUGGCUACUUUUAACUCGAUGAUAACAAAUUACGGGAAGGCACGGCUGAGAGAGAAAGCCGAGAGUGUUUAUCACAAGAUGAUUAAAAUGAAAUAUGCACCAAACUUCAUCACAUAUGAGAGUCUUAUCAUGAUGUAUGGAUUUUGUGACAAUGUUUCUAAGGCUCGCGAAAUUUGUGAUGAUAUGGUUGAAUCUGGGAAGGAAGUCAAGGUUUCAACAUUAAACGCAAUGCUAGAUGUUUACUGUUUAAAUGGUUUGCCAAUGGAAGCCGAUAUGCUCUUUGACAAUGCACGUAACAUUGGGGUGCAACCUGAUUCGUCAACAUAUAAGCUCCUUUAUAAAGCCUACACUAAAGCUAACAUGAAGGAGCUUGUGCAGAAAGUGCUGAAGCAUAUGGACAAAGAUGGUAUUGUUCCUAAUAAAACAUUCUUUUUGGAUGCUUUGGGAGCUUUGAAGUCUUUACCACCAAGUUCGGACUCUACUGGGGCUGCUAAGGCUCGUGGAGUAACCAAUAAGGCUCGCGGUGUAACCAGUCAACGGAAUUAUGAUAAGACGUAGUUGGCACAAUCGGUCACUGUUUUGUGUAUUCUUCCUAUUUUUUCCCAGUUGAGGAACACUCUACAUGAAGUUCUCAUGCCAUUUGCAAAGGAACAGUUUUCGAGUUCAGCAUCUAAGUAAUUCGUCAGCAUAUGACAUGGAAACGGAAACCGGUAAGAACAUUCAGUUCAGCAUCUGCAAAUUCUAGCUAAGUGGAUUUCUUCAUUAAUAUAUUAGAGUAAGGAAAAUUCUACAACAUUUUGUAUUACGUUGAAUUACAUGCUGCCUGCGACUGUACUCUCCAUUUACAGUGUUGUAAAUUCAUGAGACACUGUGAUCCCCUUGAUUGACUGUAUCAAUGUAAAUUUGUAUGUCAAGGCUAUUGCAUUGACAUUUUUGAACAA